AUGACAUAUGAUUACAGCGAAGGAUUGUUAUAUGGAUUUGACAAAUUAAAUAGCACAGAUUUAGAAUUCGAUUUCGAAAUAAAAGUAGAUGACAUCUUAAAUGAGACUUCUGAUAAAUUCUAUAAAGAUGAAGUUGCAAGCAAUAACAAUGCGUUGUUAAUAGCGGCAUGCACUGCUACAGCGUUGGCAACAUCAGUAGCGAUAUUCAUUUACGGGAAGAAGGCAUUACUUGAUUAUUUGCAAUCCGGGAAAUAUGCGCAUGCUCUACUUGACUGUCACCAUUGUAAGAUGGCAUCCAACACGACGCUGGUGUCUAGAGAAGCCACUUUGUUAUAUAAAGAGGGAGGAUGCUCCAGAGGUCAGAAUACGCUGAACAAACGCAACUUCAGACAGCUAGACGUUCGGUCAAAUUCGGACAUGGUCGGCGAUUCUCGUAACAAGAACAGCCUUCGUAGUUUUUGUGCAGGGACGGAUUUACAAUAUACUUUUUGA